UCUGGGGAGGGAGGGGCAGGGACCAGGUUCGGAUGGGAAGGUGUGAGGUGUAGAGUUAGAGGUGUAGGUUCGUUUGGGCUCGGAGAGGUAAAUGCUGAAGAGAAACCAGAGUCGUUCUCCCCUUUCCCGUGGAACGUGGAGCUGGAGAGGGUGCACGGAAUCUUGCGCCGCCUCGGGUUCCCCAGGUUGAGGUUUGACACUGACCCCUGUGGCUCCUGUCCGUCUCUGAUUCUUAUCGGCCGGGCUUCGUACCCGACCCGGUUGGGCCCAAAGCCGACCCUGUUCCUCGGUUUCCAGGCCGUUGUGGCGUCCCGUUGACAGUUCCCGUGCUGAGCCCACUUAGUCCUGGAUGGCAGAUAGGUCUAAGGCUCCUCUUGUGACACUUUGUUCGUUGGGUUUUCCCGUUUUGCACGUGGGGCUGGGAAUUACGCUUAAUUGCAUCAUUUCCCCUAUUCCCAGGGCCAACUUGAUACCAUUCCCUAGGUCUGUACUGGGUUAGUCAUUCACACUGGAGUAUCAGUGGCUCAGGGAAGUGAUAAAAAUGGGCGCGUCGAAAGAAAGAUGCUGGAGGCGAGGAAUAGAGGAGGGUCAAGGCUGGGCGGCCACAGUGCAGUGGCCUUUAUUUCAGUUCAUACUCAGGUCACACUGCGCUGUGGACUUGCCUACAAUCACCCUGGGGUUAAGAGGUGAUUUUAAGCUGGGCAGGGACAAACCCAGACUUUGGCAGUGAUAGGAAGUGGAGAAGUGGAGAUGGCCAGGAAAGAGGUGAGGAUUUGAGAGGCUCCUAAAGAACUGUCUACAGAACGUAGUGAUUUAUAUUGAGUGAAGAGGAGGGAAAUGAAAGAGCAGAGAACCUCUCAAAUUAUCUAGUGUAUGUGUUUGGAAGGAUGGAGAUGCCAAAAUAUAGAUGAUAUAUAAGAGAAAGGAGCUGUUAGUUUUAAAGGGAGGACAAAAGAAAUUGUAUUUGAGAAGUAGCUCACUUCUGGUAUUUUAGUAACUGAAUUUUCUUUCGGGGGUUCUGCAUUAUAUAAGAUUUCAACCACCAGUCUACCUGCUUUUUUCUUUGAAAUGGUGGUGGUAGGAUCAGGGGAACAGAAUUGAAGGCUCCUCCUGUUUCACUUUUAUAAUUGAGAGAGAGCCUACUAGAAUCAGUGGGAAAAUGUUCUUGAUCCCUCAAGCAAAUGGAAAUUUUCAUUAAAAACAAUUUACUCAAGAUACAGAUUACCAGUUUUCCUCUUGAGAAUAAUACAAGAUGGGUUGCCUGUUAUCUACAGAAUCAAGUAUAAAAUUAGCACCACAUAUAUAGUAGUUCAAAUUUACUUUGUGUCAGAUGCUAAGCAUUUUACAUAUAUUAGUACAUUUAAUUCUUAGAACCACCAAUUAUACAAAGAAAUUGCUGAAUCCAAAUCUUUAGGUGUAAAACCAUGCCUUUAGCCACACUGAAACCAUAGAAGUUUGGCUCUUUCCUAUAUAGUUCCUUUUUAUAAGCAGAUUAUAAUAGAACCAUCAGAAGAUAAUAAAGUAGUAUUGUUUGUGAGCAGCCUAAAAAGAAAAUAAUUUAGCACCAAACUCAUUUUUACCCUUUUGCCAAUGGUUCUGGAUAAGGCAUUUUUGCCUGCCAAGAGACAUUUGGGUAUGCCUGGAGGCAUUUGAAUGCCUUUGGCAUUUCCUAGGUAGAAGUCAUAGAUGCUGCUAAACAUCAUGUAUAGCGCACAGGGCAGCCCUCACAACAAAGAAUGAGUUGGUCCAAAAUGUCUGUAAGCUGUAGUUGAGAAAUCUUGCCCUGUGUAUAUUCAGGAAAAGGAAAUUGUGAUUCACUAACACUGGUUUUUAAAAAACAUUUCAUUUUAAAAAAUUAUUCCUUGGCUUGAAAGUAUAUACUGCUGGAACAGAAUAGCAUAACUAGUUUUUCUUUUCUAAUGUUUUUAUUGAUUUUUAGAGAGGAAGGGGGAGAGAAAUUAACAUCAAUCAGUUGCCUCCCACACACUGGUCCCAACCUGAGGUUGAACCCUCAACCCAGUUAUGUGCCCUGAUCAGGAAUCCAACUUGCAACCUUUUGGUGCACCAUGAGCUGACCACCCAACUAAGAUGCAUAACUAGCUUUUCAAGUGACCCCAUGAACUGCAAUUUUUUAGAUGAUUGUUAUGGAAUCAUAGAUUCAUAGAUUUGGUAAAGACUUUUGCUUGAAAUCAUUUUACAACAUCCCUACUAAAUGGUGAUUCACUUUGCUUAUAAGUUUCCUUUGUCUGGUUUCCCUGUAUUUUAAAUCCAUAUCAACUCUACUUUUAAUAAUCACUUUUCUUAUGCUGAGUUUCAGUCUCGUAAUUUUUACUUUCCUAAGUAAUGGGACUAACACUUGGAACAGGCUUGUUAUAUAUAUAAUUUGUAUUGUAAUAGUGUUUAUGUGUUCAUUUACUUUAAUGUGAAAUAGUAUUUUGCUGGCAACUUUUAAAAAGUGGCAUUAUUCUCAGGGGGUGAAGUAUUCUUGGUGGUUGAAAGUGCUAGGAAUGUAUGGGGUUCUUUGGUCCCUGUCAAGUAAUGGCACAAUGGAUCUAAGAUUUGUUUUUUUUUUUUGUUUUGUUUUAAUUGAUUUUAGAGAGAGGAAGGGAGAGAGAGAGAAAGAGAGAGAAUCACCAGUGUGAGAGAGAAACGCCAGUGUGAGAGAGAAACACCGACGGCUGCCUCUGAGAGGCGCCACACCACGAGGCGGAACCUGCAAUCUAGGAUUCAUUGAAAAAGUCCUUAGUGAUUUUGACAUGUUUCGAGUGACAUAAAUUAGCAGUGACUCGGAAUGAUGGAUUCCCCGAAGACUGGAAAUGGUUUGCCAGUGAUUGGACCAGGGCCUGAUAUAGGGGUGUCUCCACCCCACGUGGUGGGGUAUUUGGGAAAAAAUUAUGAUUCUGCUAACAUCCUGUCAGAUGGGUAUUGCCCUGCUUGUAGAGAGAAGGGAAAGUUAAAAACCUUAAAGACUUACCGAAUUAGUUUUCAGGAAUCUGUCUAUUUGUGUGAGGAACUACAGUGCAUCUAUCCUUUGGGCUCUAAAUCAUAUAAUAACUUAAUUUCUCCCGAUUUGGAAGAUCAUCUUGCUCCAAAUAAGCCUCACAAAAGAAAUCUUUUGGAAAUAAGCUGUAAAGAUUCACCUUUGACAGAUUCCAAAGAGAUUAAAAGUUAUAGUGUUAUUGAUGGUGAACAAGUUUUGAACAGCAAAUAUAACGGAGAAGAAUUUGAGGAAACCUCAUCAGAUUUAACUGACUCACUGCACAGCGGUCAGCAGAGCCCAGUUAGGGCCACUGAUUUAUUGGGACCAGAUGAGAUUUUGGAAACCGUUGUUACUGACGUGGCUGCUAAAGAUGAUGCUAGUGCAGUUGAUAUUUCUGGAACUGGAGAGACUGUUCCUCAUAAUGAAGGAGGCACAUCUGAAUUGGAAAUGUCACAGGAAGACAGAUGUUCACUAUUUUGCCAGACUUCAUGUGUUCAGUGGAGAAAUUCUGAUGCCCUCUGUUGGUUAGACUGUCUCCUGUCACUAUUGGUGCACUUGGAAGUGGUAAAAAAGACAGUGAUGACAGACCUGUGCUCUAAUGAGGAGUCUCUGUUCUGGCAGUUGUUCACAAAGUAUAAUCAAGCUAGUAAACUUCUGCACGCCAGUCACUUGGAUGCAGUUAGAGAUAGAGACUUUACAAAACUUAUUUCAGUAUUUGAAAGGAUAGAGACCUGUCUAAAUGAAGUCAGAAGUAAGAUUUUUAUCAGGAUUCAGCCUCAGCUUGGGUGCACAUUAGGUGACAUGGAAAGCCCUGUGAUUGCCUUUCCCCUGAUCCUAGGAAUAGAAGCCUGCAUUGAAAAGCUCUUCACGUACUCUUUUUCUUGGAAUUUUGAAUGCUCACAGUGCGGACACAAGUAUCAAACCAGCUGUACGAAGAAUCUGGUCACCUUUACAGAUCUUGUUCCUGAGUGGCACCCACUUAAUGCUGCCCAUUUUAGUCCCUGUGGCAAUUGCAACAAUAAGUCACAAAUAAGAAAAAUGGUAUUGAAAGAAAUGUCUCCCAUAUUCAUGUUGCACUUCGUACAAGGCUUACCACAUACCAACUUUCAACACUACUCCUUUCUUUUUGAAGGCUGUUUUUAUCAAAUAACUUCUGUAAUUCAGUACCAUGCAAAUAAUCAUUUUAUAACGUGGAUUUUAUGUGUUGAUGGAAGUUGGCUGGAAUGUGAUGACCUAAAAGGCCCAUGUUGUAAAAGGUAUAAGGAAUUUGAAUGUCCUGCUUCAGAGAUACAUAUUGUUAUUUGGGAAAGAAAAACAGCCCAAAUGACAGAUAAAAAAUCUGCCUGUCCUUCACUUCAAAAGACUAAUGAUCAGCACGCUUUCAGUGAUGAGACACAGCCACCUCCAGCAGUGCAUUUUAUGGGAGAUGCUUCCUCAGCUGAAAAACCUUCAGGAACGGCCUCCCAAAAUACAUCAGUUACUCCUAAUACUCUUUGCCAGGAUAAAGCUGUAGCUCAUCAGCCUCAUUUACUUUCAGUUCCAAAAGGUUUGAUUGGCAAUGAUAUUAUGCCUUCAACACUUGAAAAAGUACAGGCUAACUCUGAAGGUUUCCUAUUAGAAAAUACACCUGUGGCAGAAAAUGGAGUAGUCAUCAAAACAAAUACUUUGCAACCGCAAGAGUCACUAAUGGCUUCUUUAGUAUCAGUUCCAUGUAAGGAAAAGUUUAUCCAAGACCAAUUUGUAGACUUAAGGUUUCCUUCUCCGAUUAUAAGUACAAGCAUGCAGUCAAUACAGUCAAAUUCAGAAAAUACUAUAAUUACUAACUCUAUGACUAAUGUCCAUGCUACUGAUCCUAUACAGGGAGUAAAGUCAGUAGAAAUUGAAGGUACAGUUGCCCUAGAGAAGGAUGUUCCUGUCAAUCAUUUUCUUUCACCAAAAACUGAGAAAUUAAAAACAGAACAACACGUUACAUCUCAGAUAUCUAAUUUGAAGAGAAAAUUUUCUCAAACCAUUGCUGAGUCAUCACAGAACCCAUCUCAGAAAGAAAAUCUGAAGAAACCAUUUAUGGGAAGUUGGGUUAAAGGCUUAUUAAGCAAGGGUGCUUCUUUUUUGCCACCUUGUGUUUCAGCUCAUAAUAGAAAUGCUAUAACUGAUUUACAGCAUUCAGUUAAGGGGGCAAGUAAUUUUGGUGGCUAUAAAACUAAAGGUGUGAACCAGAAGGCUCACCGGGCAUCCAGGAAACCUCGUGCAAGUAAGCCUUCUCCAGCCAGUAACCCUCCACCAAGUCUUCCAUCAUCAGGUAGCGUGGCUUCUUCACAUGCUGAUGUUAAUGCUGACCUGGAAGUUUUGAAGAAACAUGAAAAUGCCUCAUAUGGCGUUCACCUCAACCACAGAUCUGGUGGAAACGAAAAUGGUGUUUCUUUAGCAAACCAUGAAGACUCCAGUGAGGAUCAGAUUCAUAAACUUCGUCUAAAACUUCUUAAAAAACUUAAGGCAAAAAAGAAGAAAUUAGCUGCUCUUAUGUCUUCCCCCCAACAUGGAAAACUCCCAAGUGAAAAUUUAGAGCACGUUUCUCAUUGUGGGUCUCCAAAUGAUGGCCAGUCAAUAGAAGAUGUGUUAAAAGAACUGCAAUAUCAAAUUGGGAUUACUGAUAAUAAAUAUGGAAGAACCACUGCUGCUAGUGUUUCUUCAUAUAGUGGUCAAACUCAUGAAGAAAUUUUAGCAGAAUUAUUGUCUCCAACUGUUUGUACAGAACUCUCAGAAAAUAGGGAAACUGACUUUAGAUAUUUAGAAAUGGAAAAUAACCAUAUCCCAGCACCAGUACCUACUGAAUUAAAUGGUAUUCUCCCAAACACACACCUGAGACAGGAACAUAAUUAUUGUAGCCCUACCAAGAAAAAUCUUUGUCAAGUUCAGCCAAACCCAGUAACAAAUAAUGAGUGUGAUAGAACAUUGAACUUGGAAAGUUCCCUGAAGACUGAUGUUUUUGAUGAGUUUUUUUCCACUUCAGCAUUAAAUUCUUUAGCAAAUGACACAUUAGACUUGCCUUUUUUUGAUGACUAUCUGUUUGAGAGUUGUUGAAUGUUUAUUAACGCUUUAAUAUUUAUUAUUGUCUUGGAAAAACUUAUUAUGUUCUUGAGUAGUGUUAUACAUUGGCCUUGUCAUGAUCAAAAUGUAAGCAGCUGAAGGUUUUGCCUUCAUUUCUGCCCAUAAAGCUUGUAAUUUGUUUUACAAAUUAAAAUGACCAGAAAUCUG